ACAAGAACAACACCAAAAACAAACCGGCAAUAACCAGAGAAAUGCUAAAAUAGCCGCGAUCUCUGGCAGCGACGUCGCCGCCACUGGCCACGUUUUCAAAAUUUUGUUUUGGCGUUAUUAAACAUUGUGGUUGUUGUUGCUGUUGUUAUUGCUGGCAUUGGGGUAAACUUAAUAAUUAUACAGCCACCCAUACUAUUACACACUUGCUCUCAGGCAUAUGUUGUGUUCACAUGCACAGCCAUACUUACAUAUGUACAUAUAUGUGUGUAUACGUAUGUGUGUGUGUAGGAAAGUAGACACACUUAUUCGACGCUAUGGCAAAAUUCUGUCAUUGUUAUUCGCAUUUGCAGCAGCAAAGCAGACAGCGACGACGAUUCAUAAAUAAUGUCUGAAGAUGCCAAGAGUCCACGCACCAGAAACAUUAUUGAAAAUCAACUUUUUCGCCGUCAGCGAAGCUUAAAGCUUGAGGCACUGCAGCGACAGCGAUCCCAAUAUGGCACCAUCGACGACGCCGACGACGAUGAAGCGGAUACGCUCGACAAGACCUACAUAGUCAUCAUAUUUACGGAGAAGGCCAAGCUGCGCCAUUGUCAGGAUGUGGAGAAGAUCAUACAGGAGUUUGGCAUACAAACAACGCUGGAUUUCGUCAGUAAAACCGAAAAGUAUUUGUAUCUAUCAGCCACGCUGGAUACACUGCUCCGCCUGGCUGAUGCCGCCGAGCUGGAGAAGAUGACGACCACGGGCAGCAUACAAAAGUUCAAUCACGGAUGCGUCGCUGACUUUCUGCUGCCGGGCAUGACGAAGGCAGAGAUUCUGCACUAUUGCGAGACGCCCGUGCUGAUCAAAGAUGUGGUAGAGCCCCCUAUCAGAUCCUACAUACAGAAGGGCUACAUCGAGGACAUGUUUCCACUGCACGAUAUUCUGUAUCUGGAACGCUUCAAUCUGAAUCUCAAACGCACCAAGCUACCCAUUGAAGAGAUCCGCAACUAUUUUGGCUCUGGCAUCGGUCUCUAUUUUGGCUUCAUUGAGUUCUACACCAAAGCGCUGGUGUUCCCAGCCAUCUUUGGUAUACUCCAAUGUCUGCUGGAUCUCAAUCUGUCGCUGGUCUGCAGCUUCUAUGUGGUCUGGACCACAAUCUUUUUGGAGCUGUGGAAACGCAAAUGCGCUGGAUACUCGUAUCGCUGGGGCACCAUCGAGAUGAGCAGCUUGGACAAGCCGCGUGCAGCUUACACAGGACAAUUGAAGCCAGAUCCCAUCACGGGCAAGAUGACACUGCAUUAUCCCAUGCGCUACACGUACCUGCAAAUGUAUUGCAUUUCGUAUCCGGUUGUGUUGGGCUGCGUUGUUGCCGCCGCAUGGUUUGCUCUCUAUCAGUUCCAGAUCGAGGCCGAAGUUCUGGCCGAUUUUGGUGCCGAUUCGUGGCUGUUGUAUGUGCCGGUCAUUGUGCAAUCGGUGCUGAUAGCGAUAUUCUCGUGGGCCUACGAGAAGCUUGCCACAUUCCUCACCAAUCUGGAGAAUCAUCGCACACGGUCGCAGUAUGAACGGCAUCGGGUCAAUAAGCUGAUGCUCUUCGAGAUUGUCAACAAUUUCUUUUCGCAAUUCUAUAUCGCGUUUGUGCUGCAGGAUCUCAAGCAGCUCAAGUAUCAGCUGAUGAUGCAGUUGCUCAUCUUUCAAUUGCUCUGCAUUGCCCAGGAGAUUGGUAUUCCCCUGAUGGCAGUGCUGCGACAGAAGUACGCCAAGUAUCGCCAUCAGGAAGUCGAUCCGGAGAAGUUGCGCACCAUCACGAAUAAGCCACGCUACGAGCAAUCGUUCUAUGAGUCCGGUCUCGAUGCCUAUCAUUCCACAUACGAGGACUACUUGCAGGUGUGCAUCCAGUUUGGCUAUGUGGUCCUCUUUGCCGCUGUGGCGCCAUUCGCGGCGAUCGGUGCACUGAUCAACAAUGUGUUUGCCGUUCACAUCGAUAUGUUUAAGCUGUGCAACAUCUUUAAGCGACCCUUUGCGCGCAGAGCGAAGAACAUCGGUGCCUGGCAGCUGGCCUUCGAGCUGCUCUCGGUCAUGUCGUUGUUGAGCAACUGUGGCCUCCUCUUCCUGCAACCCAAUGUCAAACAAUUCUUUUCACACUGGUUGCCUUCCAUACCGGAUCUGUCGUUUGUCAUCUUCGAGCAUCUGCUGCUGGGUCUCAAAUUCCUAAUACACAAGGUGAUCCAUGAGAGACCGCGCUGGGUGCGCAUUGGACUCCUCAAAGCGGACUUUGAGACUAGCCAGGCUCUCAAGAAAUUCAAAGCUGCCAAGAAAAUGUCAUAGAUAAUACUACGAACAGGAGUAGCAAGAGACGAUUGAAGAAGCAUCGAGAGGAGCGCAGUCCAACCAGUCCAGUCCAUUUAUAUAAUUAUUUAUUUAUCUUAUACUUUAAAUGCUUUUAUUGUAAAUCUCACACUAAUGGUGCCUUAAAUAUGUACAUGUAA